CAGUACAAGAUAGUGAUGUGAUCACAGGUUUCACUUACCGUCUUCCAGAAUGGCAGAAUGGUGUUUUAUUUCAUUAUGCGAUACCUAUUAUGGAUGAUGAUAGCUUGAAUGUGCUUUGGAAUUUUAUGGCACAAAAUCCUUAUUGUUUGGGUGCUGAGAUACAUGUUGAGCUCAGUGAGAAUCAGGGUGGAGAGGAAGAAGAUGAUACAUGGAGCGUGCCAUCCGAUCAUGACUAUGAUGACGGUGAUGACGGAGAGGAGGAAGAUGAGGAGGAGGAGGAGGAGGAAGAGGGGGAAGGAGAGCAGCUUAAUUAUCCUCCAUAUUUUUACUUGCAGGGUAAUGAAGAGGACGGAGAAUUAUCACUUGUUGAUUCAUAUGGCGUAAUUCCAAUGCCUAUUGUUGAUAGUUUUGAAGGAGAAUUCUACAAGGGGCAGAUAUUUCACUCGAAACAAGCUGCACAGAUGGCGAUUAAACACCACGCACUACAACGCAACUUUCAAUAUGGCGUGGUGGAGUUGUCACCUUCAAUCUGGAAGGUCAGAUGCUUGAGGCACAAGGAUGACAAUUGUCCUUGGAUGGUGCGGUUUGGAUGUCGAGAUGUUGGAGGCGAAUGGACUGUGAGAAAGGCUGAGUUGGUGCAUUCUUGUAGCAGUACGACUCAACCGACGGAUCAUCGCCAUCUUGAUGUUGACAUGAUAUCUGAGGCUAUCAAACAUUUGGUACGUGCCAAACCAAAUCUGAGUGUUCUAACUGUUCAGGCCGAGUUGAAAGAUAAGUUUAAUAUGCAAGUUACUUACAAGAAGGCUUGGUAUGGGAAACAAAGAGCAUUGGAGAAGUUGCAUGGAAAUUGGGAAGAAUCCUACGAUUUUUUGCAAACAUUCUUGCGGGUGGUCAAGAGAAAAAUGCCAACAUCGGUGAUUGAUUGGGUAAGAGUUCCUUCGACUCAACCAGGUCAUUCAAUAUUUUAGCGAGUAUUCUGGGCUUAUGGACCUUGUAUAGAUGGAUUCAAGAAUUGUCCAGACGUCAUGGUUGUUGAUGGAACAUUUCUUAUUCGGAAGUAUAAAGGAGUGCUACUCAUGGCGAGCUCAUUUGAUGGUCGGAAGAAGAUUUUUCCAAUUUCAUUUGCCAUAGUGGAGAGCGAGAAUACUGAGAGUUGGCCAUGGUUCAUGAGGAACGUUCAGGGUUUGACUGAUCGAAAUGAUGUAUGCAUCAUCUCAGAUAGACAUGCAGGACUCUAUGAAACCAUGAAUAACAUCGGAAGAGGUUG